UCGGUAGUUUGGCGCGGACGCUUGGAUAAAAGGGCUUGCUCGCCCACCGCGCAAACCCUCUUUGCCUCUUCAUUCUCUCUCUCUCUCGUUUGACUAGCAGAAACGAGAAAAGGAAGAAGAGAGGGAGCUUCAGCCCCGAUCGAGAGGUGCUGCUGGAAUUCCGUAAGGCUGAUUCUAUCGUUGAGCUUUUUCUUUGAAAAUCUUCAAUCAUGUUCGGGCGUGCACCAAAGAAGAGCGACAACACCAGAUAUUAUGAGAUCCUUGGCGUUCCCAAAAGUGCAAGCCAGGAUGAGCUUAAGAAGGCCUAUAGGAAGGCCGCUAUAAAGAAUCACCCAGAUAAAGGUGGAGACCCUGAGAAGUUCAAGGAGUUGGCUCAGGCAUAUGAAGUCCUCAGUGAUUCUGAGAAGAGGGAAAUCUACGAUCAGUAUGGAGAAGACGCACUCAAAGAAGGAAUGGGAGGAGGAGGUGGCUCUUUCCAUAACCCCUUUGAAAUAUUUGAGUCAUUCUUUGGUGGAGGCUUUGGUGGUGGUAGUUCAAGAGGAAGGAGGCAAAAACGUGGUGAAGACGUUGUGCACACUUUGAAGGUCUCUCUUGAAGACUUGUAUAAUGGAACUUCUAAGAAGCUUUCCUUGUCAAGAAAUGUACUAUGUCCAAAAUGUAAAGGAAAGGGCUCAAAGAGUGGUGCAUCAGGGAGAUGUUCUGGGUGCCAGGGCUCUGGGAUGAAGGUCUCCAUUAGACAGCUGGGACCAGGCAUGAUUCAACAGAUGCAGCAUAUGUGUCCUGAGUGCAGAGGCUCAGGAGAAGUUAUAAGUGAGAAAGACAGGUGUGGGCAAUGCAAAGGAGAGAAAGUUGUUCAGGAGAAGAAGGUUUUGGAGGUGCAUGUUGAUAAAGGAAUGCAACAUGGUCAGAAAAUUGUAUUCCAGGGUGAUGCCGAUGAAGCUCCUGACACCAUCACUGGAGACAUCGUAUUUGUCUUGCAACUGAAGGAUCACUCUAAGUUUAAAAGGAAGCAUGAUGAUCUGUAUGUGGAACACUCUCUCAGCUUGACAGAGGCCCUUUGUGGAUUUCAGUUUGCUCUCACUCAUCUUGAUGGGAGGCAAUUGCUUAUUAAAUCAAACCCAGGAGAGAUUGUCAAACCUGGUCAAUAUAAAGCCAUCAAUGAUGAGGGGAUGCCCCACCAUCAGAGGCCAUUCAUGAGGGGCAAGUUGUACAUCCACUUUAAUGUCGACUUCCCGGAGACACUUUCUCCUGACCAGUGCCGGAAUCUAGAGAAGAUUCUUCCACCAAGGCCAGGCAACCAGCUGACAGACAUGGAGUUAGAUGAGUGUGAAGAGACCACAUUGCAUGAUGUCAACAUUGAGGAGGAGAUGAGAAGAAAGCAGCAGCAGCAGCAACAAGAAGCGUAUGAUGAAGAUGAUGAGGCAUCUGGUCCACGUGUCCAAUGUGCACAGCAGUGAUUGGUUGAUAGCUUAUCUUGUGGUCAGCGUCACGUUUAGGUUUUGUGGGCCGAUAACUGGUACCAGCGUAUUCGGCAGAGGUAGUUGAUCUCUGUUCGCUUUUCUUUUUGAGCUUCUCUUUUCUCCCUUUCCACCUAGUGUUUGAAGUUGGGUAAUAUUGAUGGCAUCUAGAAGUCAAUUUCAUCCCUCUAAAGCAUCACUGGGGUCUUCCUUUUCAUUUCGGUGUUUCAGAUCUUCUGAUGCAUAUAUACAUAUAUAUAUAUAUAGUUCGUCCCUACUUCGGAUCCUGCGGUGCUACAAAUCCAGCCAUCUAAGAGGCAUGGACAAUUCAAUAAUUUUAAGCAUUCUUUCCCA